AAUUACGACGUUUCUCCAUCUGCUGGUAAUUAUUUAAGUUUUUAUUUAUUUAUUUAUUUCUCUGUGUGUUAAAUCCGCAGAUUUGUCUGACCCUGUGCAUUCAGACCAUCAUCUUCCACCGCAGCUGAAGUAAUGCGCGAUCUUGGCUCGAAUCCACGCUCAUGUUUGCGUAAAUAAAUCCGGCCGCGCGCGCUCCCGCGGCGCUCGUGACCCGCGCAGUCUCGAGCUGAUGCUGGUGAGUGGCGGACGCGCACGAGAACGUGUAAAAACUACCUGAGGGGAUAUUUCAGGGAUUUCUUUCAGCCCGUUACCGAAGAAUCGCCUCUGAAAGUGAAGUUUUCCUCGAUUUGCGCAGUUUGAUCGAGUCUGAGGUAAAAGUGCGCGUGCGUGUCGCGCCGAUGAUGAUGAUGAGGGAGUUCGCGCUUCUGGACUUUGAGGGACAGACGCCUGGCAUCAGGCUGUGAGAGGGUGAUCAGAGAGACUUUCUAUUGUUGGUAAUGAGAAGGAGCAGCCCCUCUGCCAGCUGGCGGGUCUCCAGAUGUGUGUGGCUGCUGAUUGGAGGAGGCUGUACUGGUGGGUGGUGCUCCAGUGGGUAGUGGGUGUGGCUCUAUCAGGGCCGUGCGCCCAGCGCUGCGACUGUCUGCCAAAGCUCCUGAUAGUCAACUGUUCAUCGAGACAACUCGCUUCUGUUCCCGAGGGCGUCCCUGUCAACACCCACGCGCUCAACCUGAGCAUCAACCACUUGAAGACUCUGGCGAGGCGGCGGUUCUCUGGCCUGACGCAGUUACGCGAGCUGGACCUCAGCGACAACAUGCUGACGGUGAUCGAGGUGGAAGCCUUCACCGGCCUCCAGAACCUCCUCAUGCUAAGACUGUCCCGCAACCGGCUGAAGAUCAUUCCAGUCGGAGCCUUCUCUGGCCUUCCCAACAUUCAGUUUCUGGACAUCAGCGAGAACGAGAUCUUGGUGUUUCUGGACGACAUGUUCAGAGAGAUGCCGUCUCUGCAGAAACUGGAGGCCAGCGAGAACGACCUGGUGUUCAUCUCGAACCGUGCUUUCAGCGGCCUGGCCAACCUGCAAGAGCUGAAUCUGGACAGGUGCAACCUGACGUCGGUGCCGGUCGAGGCCCUGUCGCAGCUCACCGGACUCCUGCAGCUGCGUCUCUGCAGACUCGGACUGACAACGCUUCCCAAUAACUCCUUCCGGCAGCUGGUCCGUCUGCAGGAGCUCCGCGUGUCUCACUGCCCCUGGUUGGACUCGCUGGCGGCCAACAGUCUGAUCGGACUCAAUCUCACGUCGCUGACGCUCAGCCACUGCAACCUGAGUGCUGUGCCGUACUCCCCGCUGCAUCACCUCGUCUACCUGCGAUACCUGGACUUGUCCUACAAUCCCAUCACCACCAUCCUUUCCAACCUCCUCGGGGAUUUGCUGCGCCUUCAAGAGCUACAUUUGGUUGGUGCAGGACUUUUGCGAGUCGAACCGGGUGCUUUCCGCAACCUCGCCUUCUUCCGGCUCCUCAACGUGUCGGACAACCGUUUGGCAACGCUGGAGGAGUCGGCGUUCCACUCUGUUGGUACCUUGGAGGUCCUUCGGUUGGACGGGAACCCACUUGCGUGCGACUGCCGUCUGCUCUGGGUGAUGCGCAGACGCCUGCGGCUUGGCUUCGAUGGACAUUCACCCGCCUGCGGCUCACCUGUGCAGGUACAAGGCCGGAUGUUCCAAGACUUCACAGAGGUCGAGCUUCCCAGGCUGUUCACGUGCCGGCAGGCUCGCAUUCUGACCCGUAAGCCGCAGGACGUUCGGACGGAUGAAGGCCACACGGUUCUGUUCUUCUGCGCGGCCGAUGGAGACCCGGCGCCGUCGAUUAUCUGGCUAAAUCCGAAACGCUCAGUCCUCACCGGCUCGGGCAGGAUCCGCGUCCUUCCCAACGGGACCCUGGAGGUGCGUUACGCGCAGGUGCAGGAUAGCGGAUACUACCUGUGUGUCGCCUCGAACGCUGCAGGGAAUGACAGUGUCUCCGUGAGCCUGCGGGUGCGCGGGUUUCCGGCGUCCACUCGAAACCGUUCAGGUCCCUUCUUUCUGGAGGGCUGGAGCUUUGCAUCCGGUCAAGCGCCAGUCAACGGAUCGCAACCGUUUCCAUUCGACGUGAAGACACUAGUGAUCGCGGUAACCAUGGGCUUCUUGUCGUUCCUGAGCUCGGUGGCUGUCUGCUUCAUCUUCAUGUUUUUCUGGAGUCAGAGCAAAGGACAGAUCAAACACACGGCAACAAUCGACUUUGUCCCGCGCAGCUCCGCGUCGGCGUCAGGAGGUGGACGGACGACCAUGGAGACGGGCAGGUUCACCAUGAAACUGAUCUGAAAGUUCUAAGAGGCUUGAGAACAUGAGAUGUUUGAGGUGCUACUAAUCUAAAGUGAUGAACACACAUUUUCGCCACAUAUCCUGAGUGCAUAAGAUGCAUGAAGUAUGAUGUAUGAAUGUCGUUCACUGCAUUAAAGGGAUAGUUCACCCAAAAAUGAAAAUUACCCUCAAGCCAUCAUAGUGCAUAUGAAUUUCUUCUUUCAGCCGAACACAAUCAGAGCUAUAUUAAAAAUAUCCUGGCUCUUCCAGGCUUUAUAAUGGUAUUGAAUGGGGCUCGAGAUUUAAAGCCAAAAAAAUGCAUCCAUCCAUCAUAACAGUAAUCCAUACAACUUCAGGGGGUUAAUAAAGGCCUUCUGAAGUGAAGCGAACUUGACUCUCUCAUGAAUGCGCGACAGAUGUUACUGGAAGCCAGUGAUUAUAGUUUAUAAAGUUUUAAAUAUGGAUAUUUUUCUUACAAAAACCCAUCGCUUCGCUUCAAAAGGCCUUUAUUAUCCCCCUGGAGCCGUAUGGAUUACUGUUAUGAUGGAUGGAUGUGCUUUUUGUGGCUUCAAAAUGUGCCCCUCCCUUCACUACCAUUAUAAAGCUUGGAAGAGUCAGGAUAUUUUUUAAUGUAAUUCUGACUGUGUUCGUCUGAAAGAAGAUAGUCAUAUACACCUUGGAUGGCUUGAGGGUGAGUAAAUCAUGGGAUAAUUUUCAUUUUUGAGUGAACUAUCCCUUUAAAUGAUGUUCUUCCUCAGGAUUUGUGUCUUGUUUUCCAGUAUAAAUGUCUAAACAUUCUUAAAUCAAGAUACAUUUACUGGAGAAGCACUUAUGAGACUUAUGAAGUCUCGUUUGCUGACAAAAUUAUCAAAAUUAAGUGAGAUUGUGGGUUAUUAUAAUUAACUAAAACUAAAACCAUUAAAAAAGCAUUUUUGUUGCUUGGAAAAAAAAAAAAAAAUAUAUAUAUAUAUAUAUAUAUAUAAACAUUUUAUUUCAGCUAGUUGCAAAGGCAAAUUCUCAUUUUCAAUUAAUUUUACUUGAUUAUUAAAUUAACUAAAACUUAAACUAAAAAAUAUUAAUAAGAACUUUAUAGACAUAAAAAAAAAACAGUUAUAAAAAUGACAAAAACACUCAACAGAAUUAUUAAAACUAACUAAAAUGAAAUUGAAAGUGGUAAAUAUAAAAACUAUAAAUAUAAUAGUAUCUCAAUGAUAGUAAAAUAAUAUUGCCAGAUAUUUUUCUCAUUUUAAUGGAGUCAGAAAAAUAAACUUCACUAAAAGGGUUGAUUUUUGAAGCAUAAACUCACUUAAUUUUGAUCAGUUUCUCGAAACAGUGAUGUUACAUGAUGGAAAAACGUAUACAGUAUUUUUUCACAAUCGUGGCAUCUCAGAUUUAUGCACAUGUUUGGUUGUUUAAUGUGUCGUUUGGAUGUAAAUGUGAUCCGUUAAGUUCGUGAGAUAAUAAUGAGCUUUAAAUGAGCAUCUGAAACUCUUUUAAAAGGUUUUGAGGCUUUGAAUCAAACUGCUGGUGUUUUGGCAUGAUGUUCUGCAUGAAUGCAUGUGGAGAGACUUUAUUAAACCGGCGAUGACGUAAUGAAGCUUUAAUUGAGCAGUUGAUGAGAGAAUACAACCAGACAGAAGAUCUCAGGUUAAUUAAGUUCGGACCGAAAAGGUUCACUCACGUUCAGUAAAUCCUAAUUAUAUCAUUUAUUCAGUGUAUUAUAAAUGCGAGAUCUUGAAUCUCAGGUUUGUGUGAAUGUCUGGAACGGCUGCAUGUUUUAUGAAUGUUAAUAUUGCUGAUGCAGACUGUGUGCUUGCUUUAAAAAUCCCAUAUUUAUGCAUUUACGCAUAUAUACAUGCAAUCCACCUCAAAGAAAUAUUGUACCAUCAUGCACUGCUGUUUAUUACCAUAAAUAAUUGUUUCAGGCUUUUUGUUCGUUUAGUAUUUCACAUCUGUGACUCUCAGAGUUUAUGGACACUCUCAUCUCUCUGUAUCAUUUGUUUUAUUGCAGAUAUUCUCUUUUUAGAAAUAUCAGGGGUUUGUUUGUUAUAAUUUUUUAUUGUGUUCUUGACUAGAAUUUGAGAACAGCUGCGUUAGUCUAAACAUUUCUACUAUUUUUACUGUUCAUUUGUUUUUGUUUUGUUUUAAAUGAUCCAUUUACUUUUUAAUUUCGUGGAAAAACAACUUCAAUGACAAUUAAUCAGUUUUGCAAUUUCUGUUAGUGAUUGCCAAAAGCAUUAAAGUUAUCUUGAAAUGA